AUGGAAGAAGCUAUCAGAAGUGUAGAGGAAAAAGAAGGAAUCCGAGUGACCUGGAAUGUCUUUCCCAAUACAAAGGCUGAAAGUCAGAAAAACAUGAUUCCUUUGGCCUUCUUGUACCGACCAAUGCACGGAUAUCAAGAUAGAAGUUUAUUACAAGUGAAUUAUGGCGCAGUUAGGUGUGCUAGAGGUGAGUGCGGUGGAGUACUUAAUCCCUACUCAGCAGUUGAUUUUGGCACAAGACAUUGGAAUUGUCUAUUUUGCGGUCGUAUGAACAUGUUACCCCCACAUUAUCGUGAUAUUACUCCCGACAAUCUUCCCUAUGAACUAUUCAGUGGCAACACUUCUGUUUACUACCGAUCAACCAAACUACCAACCUAUAGUCGUACUUACUGGUUUGUAAUUGAUGCCUGCAGUUUUGAUGAAGAACGACAUUUACUUCUUAAGGAAGGACUCUUAACUACUUUAGAUCUUAUUGCCGAGACGGACUUUAUUGGUGUAAUUAGGUACAGUGCUAAUAUUGAAGUAUUUGGGCUUGAUUCAACUGAGGUGGCUAAGAUUCAUGUUUUCCCGGCGGUUAAUUAUACUCCGGCUAUUCUACAGAAGGCUUUAAGUACGGGUCAAGUUCAGUCUGGAUCACCACUUAGUAAGUUUGCCCGGCGUAAGAGUGAGUGUCUUACUUACUUAGAGAAUCUCUUUAAGAACUUGCCCAUUAAUGCCUUCCCAGUACCGACAGUGGAACGGCCUAAGCGUUGUACGGGUAGUGCUGUUUUACUGGCUAGUUCUCUAGUGCAAAGUACCUGUGUAGAUGGGACGGGACACAUUAUGCUGUUUACCCAAGGUCCUUGUACUUUUGGUCCUGGAGCUAUUACUACACUCAGUUUAAAGGAUCCUUUGCGUAGUACAGGUACAGGGAUUGGCAUGCUUUUUGCUAAAGAGUCUAUCUAUGAAGGUAUUGCCCAGGCUUUAGGUCGAAAAGGCCAUGUUAUUGACAUUGUGGCAGCGGGUAUUGAUGAUUUUGGCUUCUCCGAGAUGAGAAGUUUAGCUGAAAAGACGGGAGGUAUUACUGUAUUUGCCCGGGACUUCAAUCCUUACAUCUAUAAGGAAUCCAUUAGAAGAAUCUUUGCUAAAGCCCCCCAGUCUCCUGAGGUGGAAGAAGAUCUACAAUCUAAUCCAGCAGUGACUAAUUCUAGUCCAGGGACAAGUACUACACCUCCACAAGUACGAGUAUUUGAUGCACGGACGACCGUUAAGAUUUCGAAGGGAUUUGAAGUUAAAUCGGUGCUAGGUCAUGGGAUUGUACAACCGGCUGAGAAGAAGGGCAGUCCUUUGGUUUGGCGGCAAGGUUCAGUGUUUAAACAGUCUUCAUUAGUAUUGGUAUGUGAGCAUAUGGAAGAUGCCCCGGCCGGUGCUCCUGUUUAUGUUCAGAUUAGUACUAAGUUUGUAGAUUCAACGGGUGAGUGCCAUGAACGAGUAACAACUAUGGCUCGUUCCUUUGUGGAUGCCACUAACUUACCGCAACUAGUAGCUGGGUUUGACCAGGAAGCAGCUACUGUGUUUAAGGCUAAGGAAUUAUGUGUGAAUGCAGAUGGUGGUGAUGGCAUUGAUGUAAUUAGGCAGGCAGAUAGGUGUUUGAUUAGGUUUAUGCAACGUUUUUGUGUUUUUGAUCGGGAUGUACCUUCAUCACUGAAGACUCCACCAACGAUUGCUUUUCUACCGGAAUUUAUCUUCUUCUUACGACGACUACCGGCCUUGCAUACGGAUGGAUUGAGUUUUGAUGAAGUGGCGUACCAACGGAACAUUCUCUUAGGAGAAGACUCUACAGCUUCUAUGUGCAUUAUUAGGCCGCCACUAGUCUCAUACCAUUAUACCGGGGAAAGAACUCCGGUUGAGUUGGACUCUAAAUCAUUAAAGCCGGAUGUAGCCUUACUAGUGGAUACGUUCUAUGACGUAGUGAUCUGGCAAGGGGAGAACAUUGUGGCCUGGAUUGAUGCGGGGAUAAAAGACGAUCCGGAGUACUGGUACUUCAAGGAAAUGUUGGAGAACAUUGAAAAGGAGGCUAAGGCUAUUGUACAGGACCGACUUCCAGUUCCGAAACUAACCAUUUGUAACCAGUACGGCUCGCAGGAAAGAAUUCUGCUUUGCAAAGUCAAUCCGUCCUCUUCUGUAGCGAACAGUGCCGUUGGGGAGGGACAGACUAUUGUAACUGAGGACAUAGACUUUUCUAGGUUCUAUGAAUACCUGAUAAAGCUUAUAGUGAGCAGCUAA